AUGUCCGACAUCAAGUUCCAGGGAUGGACUCCGAUCCCCAACACCGGGCGCGGCACGGCGAGUAUUAUCUGGUCCUGUGCGGCCACGAUAUUCCUCACGACAUGGGCAGCACACCACCCGAUGCCCAGGCUCGCCAGGUUCGUCAGGUCAAUCAUGCUACCUGAGUACCAGACCUUUCACGCCAUCGACCUUCUGAUCGGCUCCCUGAAGCUUCGAAACAUCAUUCGCGUGCGCCCGGGCUGGAGGGACUGGAAACUGUGCCAGGCGUUUCAUAGCACCUACACGUACGAUGACUUUGCCGGGCCCAAGAUUGUUGCCCACAAGCAGUACUGCAAGGUCAGCCCGUCGACGUUCGUCGACCUUGUCAAGACAUCCAAGAUCUUGCGGUCCGACGCGCCGUCUCUGGAUGACAUCUACAAUCGAACCGGGUCCGACCGACUCGCCAAAACCCUGACGGUCUUCCAGGUCCUCUGGUUCCUCGCCAACGUGGCAUGGCGCCUUGCAACCAAGCGCCACCUCUCCCUCCUCGAGGUCCUUACAAUCGCGUAUGUGGUCUGCGGUUUGAGUGUGUAUGUCGCGUUGUUCUCCUGUCCGCAGGUCGUCAAGGAACCGUCCAUUGUGGCGGCAAGCGGGACCCUGGGGACAACAAGCAUGGCAAGCACCCUGCCCACGAGUUUGGAGUUGGAUGGCCAGAAUAGCCACAUGCUCUGGGUUAUGAUGGGGAGUGUUUGUGCAAGUGUUUACCUUGCCGCCUGGAACUACCCGUUCAACUCUCCUAUGGCUCGUUGGCUCUGGCGCGGCAGCUCAAUGGCCAUGUUGCCGUUGACGGUCCUGCAGCGGCGAAUCGAACAGCAGGCGACCCGGAUCGAUAACAAAUAUCUCCCGUGGAAGACUUGGGUCGCGUGGGAGUUUGUGUUAUUUUCACUGGCAGUGCCACGGCUGAUCCUCAUUGGCGUCGGGUUUUGGGCGUUGGAAAGGAUGCCCUCGGAUGUUUAUGAUAACCCUCAAUGGGAGUCUUACAUUGGGCACUUCUGGUCAUAA